AUGAAUCAUGGGUGGGGAAAUGAGGAAGAAGUAGCUAAUAUGGGUGAACUUUAUGUUGAUUAUAAUGAGGAAACAUUACUUGUGAACAUAACAUCAAAUGGAGAAUUUAUGAGUAAAUUGUCUGCUCAAGAGGGAGAGGACUUCAACAUUAACAAUGAUGAAGUUGAUGAGGGUGCAAAGAACAAGGACAAUUGGAAGUGGUUUUUGGAUAAUCUCGUUGACCUACAACUGAAUUUAGGAAAUGGCUAUACUUUGAUGUCGUGUCCACACAAGGGCCUGCUAGAGGCAACGAAAGAAAUGUUACCCUCUGUAGAGUACAAACAUUGUGUAGACAUAUUUGUGAGAAAUUGA